UUUCAAAUCUUUCAAACUUUUAUUAUAUGCCAUAUGUUUAUCACAAUUUUAUUUUAUAGGAAUGACAAGAUUAUUUUGAAAACCAAUUCAUCAUAGUUGUUAAAUAAGUAUUCGAACCACUCUCAGACGCGUGACACAUUAUGACGAAUUCAUGAAAUCGCUCGGAGUUCCUCGCUUGCAUACGUAAGCUUCCCCACCUAGGGAAGCGGAAGCACGUUGAACCAAACCAACAAGAAGUAUAUGCGUUAGCAGACUACAAUUGCCGACGUUAGCAUUCUUGGCGAGAUGAAUUAUGUGUCGAUCUUCCCAAGACCUCGACCCGAGGCUGAAUUAUCUACGAAGCCUUGCAGCUAUAAAAACACGCUGAAAAGGAAGCGCAGUGCGACACAGGUUGCUUGUAAUGCCUGUCGCAUGGGGAAAGUCCGCUGCGAUGGAAGCCAACCGGUUUGCGGGAGAUGUCGCAAACGAUCGGCAAAAUGCGUGUACAACGAUCGGCUGGAGAUGAGCCAUGAUGCCGUCGAGGUUCUAGAGCUUAUGCAGGUUUUACCCCAGCAGACAGCCUCCCAGAUCCUGAGCCUCUUACGGACAACUGACCCAGCUUCCAUCCUUUCCAUCGUGAAAGGCGGCAUGGACGGCAAGCGAAGCCCCUCGGUCCAGGACGCAGUGCACGCUGUGGCAGCCUCGAGUUCCUCGCCGCUGGAGUUGGAGUUAAUCGCCAGAAAUCCGGCAUCGUAUGUUUUCUUGCAUCAGGUCUCGGUCACUAAAUUGGAAGCGAGUGAUCUGCUUCGUCCCACCCAUCUGUCUCGUGUGUGUUAUCAGGGGCAGAUGUGCAUUCCGUUGCCCUAUGUGUACCAUCCUGAGUCUCUCCGGUCCGCCACCAAUCGUGUUGGAUUGAUGCAAACGCCUGUUAAAUUCGGCAGCAGCAGCUUCUCCAGCAGUAAAAUUAUUGGCGCAGCCAAUAUCGCCGCUGGCCGGGAUAUCGCACCUUCUCGAAACCAAGCUUCUGUACACUGUCGUCCACAACAGAGCGUACAAUUAUGUGACGACCGCUUAGGGUCUCUAAGGAUAGGGUUCUGGACAGAUAUCCCUAUAGACAGCGACUUCGCAGCACGCAUUAUAUCAUUAUAUUUGGAAACCGAUCAUCCCUUGCUAGGCAUAUUCGACCCUGAUUGUUUCGUCUCUGACCUGGUCAGCCAUCAACACACGUCAUGUUCCUCAUUCCUUGUCAACGCACUACUCUCUUGGAGUUGCCAGAUGUAUAGUGCUAUUGACAAAGUUGCUGAGGAAUAUGCUCGACAAUUUUGUGCAAAGGCGGAGCGUCUUUGGACUGUAGAAAAGAAUUGUGACUCAUUGCUCAAUAUGGCUGGCGCUCAACUGUUAAGCUUGGCCUCCAUGGCAAAUGGUAAAGACUAUCGCAUGCUGGAUUAUACAAAGGUGGCAAUUCAGAUGGGCACACGGCUGGGACUUUUCGGCCUCGAGGAGAAUAGUACCAGAAACCUGAAUCAGGACAUGUCCGAAAGUCUACGAAGUGCCAGCUCUUUCACUGCCUGGGGGAUUUUCAACUGGACAGUAUUAACUACACUUUUCUACCAACAACCGGGUACAGACUGUCCAAGGUACCCGCCUACCUUGCCGAUACCCGGACACAAUGCUUGCGAGGACUACCGGGACUUGAGUUUCGACGGAGAUUCACAUAAGAGCAAUGUCAGGAUGCCUCACUAUAUGGGGAUGACGUUCCCGGCAGCCUGCCAAUUUUGGCGCAUAUUACAUGAAGUGUCUCUAACCUACCUUGAUCCUCGAAACCAUCUGAAUCGACACCGAUUGAGCCUCGGUUUUGCAGAACUGAAGUAUCGAGAAAUCCUUGCAUGGGCAGAAAACUUGCCAUCCCCACUCAUCCAGAAGGGCAAGAACCCACACCAUGUUGUAAUUCUCCAUAUAUGGCUUCACGCCGCAAUACUCGACAUCUUCCGUCCCUUUCUCAAAAGGCCGGACUUCGAGCGUCUGCACCUAAAGACUUUUUCUGCCCCACGCAGCACUCCCGCAGCCGCGUACUGCGCAUCCGUCAAUCAACUCAAGCAUCUCAUUAUCUACUAUCGCUGCGUAUACGAGUCAUCGAGCUAUACCAUGCUGUGGCACACAGCCCUUACGUACGUGGCAAAUGCCGUUUUACAAGAUACGAAUGACCCGCAAUGGUGGCUGUACUUCCUCCUGUGUAUAUACGGCUACGAGUCGCUGUGCCGGUCCUUCCGUGUCUCGCAAGCCAUCGGUCGCGGGUUGUUGACAAUGGCACUGCGCGACAGGGAUACCACAGUUAGUUCCGCCCGCAAGGUCAUAGGAGAGCUCAGGGAGCGAGGGCUUGGUCACAACCAGGGAACUAUUCAGGCAAAGUUUAUGGCGGAUCUUGAGCUGGCUGUAACGGAUCCCAGGGUCGCGACGGUUGAGUAUUUGGCCGAAGAUUUCGAGGGUCUGGCUUUCUUUCGGGAGUUCACUAAUUCUGUUGACGGGAACAGGUUGGAGCGAGAUUGGGCUGAUGGAGCGGAUCCAUGCUCUGUCUCUGGCACUGGAACACCACUUGAGCAACUUCUUGACGUCUAGGCCUAAAGUCCUGUGAGCAAGGCUUACAGGUGCAUCUCGUCCGGGUCGCUGGCGGUAUCUGAGGUUUCUGAAUGCCUAAAUUGAGGCCUUUGGGCUUCGUAGGCGAUUGCCAUCACGCUGAAAGACUCUACCAAAAUUACGAGCAAUAUUCAAAUGCUCGACAAAGUGGACUUAUUAAAGUGCUUUAAUACUGAAAUUUCGUGAAUAGCGAUACUAUUGACUUUUCUAUAUAAAGUUAGCUUCUAAUUAGUAAUAGGGAAUCUUAUUUAUGACA